AUGUUUGUCAGGAGCCCCUCCAUUAUGGGCAUUCUAGUGGUUGAUCGGCUGUUCUUUGGGGAAAUUGGUGCUCUCGACGGUGGUAUGAAGAUCUAUGGAGGUGAAAAUGUUGAACUGGGCAUCCGGGUAAGCCCGUCUGCUACAGUUGCUAAAUGAAUGUUUGAAAUCAAAGCAGACUUGUGUUUGCAGAAUUACUUUCUGUUCUUGAUUCAUUCAGUUUGAACAAACCAAUCUACAGCCAACAUCUAGACACUUCAGUCCAUAUCUAAAAAUUCUUCCUUCUCUCUGUGUUUGGUUUUCCUAGGUGUGGCUGUGUGGGGGAAGUAUCGAGGUCAUACCUUGUUCUAAAAUAGCCCACAUCGAGAGGGCCCAUAAACCCUAUCUCCCCGACCUGAGCAUUACAGUGAAGAGGAAUGCUCUGAGAGUGGCUGAGGUCUGGAUGGAUGAAUACAAACAUAAUGUUAACAUUGCCUGGAACCUCCCACUGAAGGUACUGUACAGAACAAACCAUUCAAAAAGUAGGUUUUGUUCAGCUUCUCCUAUAGAAUAACAAUAAUCGCUGUUAUGCAUGCUUUGUGUUUGAAGAUAAGUAGAUUAGACAGUAAAUAUUAUAAAAACUGUUUAUUACUCAAUGCCAUAAUAAAGAUCAUAGGAUCUAUGUGAAAUGAUGGCGGUAAGCAAAUAUGGAUAAUUUGUGGAUUGCUCAUAUGGCCUGUGUUUCUGAUUUAGAGAUCUUCCUCUUUCUCACCACAGGACCAUGGCAUAGACAUUGGGGAUGUUUCAGAGAGGAAGAAGUUGAGAAAGAGGCUGAACUGCAAGCCCUUCCAGUGGUAUCUGGACAAUGUGUAUCCCAUGUUAAACCCCCUGGGUGACUUGCUUGGUUAUGGAGCUGUGAGUGAUGCUAAAACACUUAUCAUUGUUCUGGAAUUAUUUCCUCACCAACUGUGUUUGGUGGCAUGCAUGGCAUCCUUCUUUCAAUAGGAUGCAGGGUCAUAAAUCCAACUCAUUAUCAGGAUAGGAAUCUGCACUUUUAUGACUGUUUAAUCUCUGUCUAUAAAAUCAACAGCUGGUCAAUGACCUGAAGACAGAUCUCUGUAUAGAUCAAGGCCCAGUUCCAGGGAACACACCUAUUUUAUAUGGAUGCCAUUAUUUUGAUCGACAGGUUUGUAGAAUCAUUGCUUAACAUUUUAGAAUUGAACUACACGUAUAAUAUGGUUCAUCCCAUGGCAGACCUGGGAUUCAACCCAUAACACAAUAAUAAAAUGUAAAGUACUGUCAAUACCACAGACUCAGAAAAGCCUAAAUAUCUAUACUCUCUGUCCAGAACUGUUAUUAUCGAGCCAGCGGGGAGAUCUACAUUGGAGGCAUCAAGUCUCACAAGUACAACAGUAAUCGCUGUCUGGUGGACACUGGUACUCGAACCCCAGGACUGUAUGAGUGCAAGGUGGCCAAGCAGAAGAGAUUCCACAUGCUCUUGGACUUUCAACAGGUGAGUACUCCACAUGAAAUAGGGAAAUAGAUGCUUAUAAACUGUUGAAAACAAGGGAGAUGUCUUUGACUUUUUUUAGUUUUUGUAUUGUGAUGUAGCACUGUAGAAUGUUUUCUGUGUUUUACAGGGAAAAGCCAUCCAGAACAGACAGACAAAGAGAUGUCUGGAGAUUGCCCCAGGGGACGAUACUUACUACCAGCUCAUCAUUCAGGAGUGC